AUGGCAGAGGAGAAGACCUUCCGCUACGGGUUCAUCAUCUUGGGCUUCUUCCUGGUGAUGCUGGGGAUGUUCAUCAUGAGCGUGGAAAAGCCCCAGUACUACAUCACCUUCUGUGUCCUGGGUGUGCUGCUCGUAGCCGUGGGCAUCACAUGGAGCAUGUGCCAGUGCUACCCAAAGAUAACGUUCGUCCCCGCGGACCUCGAGGCCGAGCGGUUCCUGGACCACAAAGCCAUGGUGCUGCCACAGAAGGACACAGGCUUGAUUGCCCCCUGCCCCAACCAAGAGGCCAGCAGCACCUACGAGAAGAGCCUGCCAUCCUACGAGCAGAUACAGAGGCAGGUGGCCAGCUCGGCCCCAGCCCCAGGCACGGCACAGCCCAGGUCCCGCAGCUGCUCCCAGGGAGCCGUGCAGGCCAAAGCUGAGAUCCACCGGGAGCUGGGUGGGGCUGGAGAGCCCCUCCAGGAUCUGGGACCCCGCCUGGACACAGCAGCAGGCAGCUGCCCCGCCCGGCCACCCCCGGGGGACGCCCCGCUGGCAUCGCUGCUGGACGAGAUGGACACGCCGUCGCUGGAGGGCUCCGUGCCCGGCAGCCCCACGCCGCAGAGCCGGAGCCUGCCCUGCUCCACCCGCCCGAGCAGCUCCCCGGCGCGGGGAGAGCAGCCCCGAGCCCCCGGGAAAGGCGCCGGCAAGGAGGAUGAUCUCUACUACGGGCUCCAGGAGGAGCCGGAUGCUCUGCUCAAGGAGAGUGAUGGCCUCUCUGAGCCUGAAAACUGAUUUCCUGGAAGGAAUGGCCACUUGGCAUGGGCUCACCUCAUGGAGGGGACACGCAGGUUAUAGUCUGGAGGAAAGGGGGCUGUCCCCAAAAGUGCAGUGGCCCCAGGAUCCCGCCUGUCCCUGUGCCGUGCUGCACCCCUUGCACACACCCAGCCACUCAGGAGGCUCUCAUUUCCCCCAGACCCAAAGGGGGAACACCCAGCUCCUGAAUUCAACGGAAUAUGGGACAAGGCCUCCUCGCCAGAGCCAUUUGGGUGGGCACAGAGGAGCUGGGCUGGGCAGGAUCUGGGCUAAGUGGGAAGGGAAAGGAUUGCUGUGCUGUUUGGAACAGGAUCAGGUGCAGGUAGGUAAAACCUGCUCAGUGCAGGUGGGUUUUAUCAGGCAGAGAUGUCCUCAAAGUCUUUUUCCCACUUAACCAAGCUCUGCUGAAAUUAAAAUUUGAUCCUGACUCUCCUGCAGCAGGCAGCCUUCAUACGUCCAGGAUGGGAGAGGGGUGACGGAGGUGACAGAUUGUGCUGUCCCCUCCUCCUGCACAAGGACCACCUUCCAGCACUCCUGGGGGCACAGGGGGGAGGACACAGCUGAGCCAAAACCCUGGUGAUGGCACUUGAGGUGGUGGCUUUGCACACUGUCUGCUGGCUCAGUGCCAACAGCUGCAGGUGGCUUUGCAGGCUGGCACCCACCGUCCCCAAACCCUCUGUGAAUAAAAAGUGUUUG